AUGGGGCUUUCCAAGGAGAAGCGUAUCAUGAUCUUGCUGGUCAUUGAUACUGCGUUCUUCCUGCUGGAGUUGAUUACUGGCUAUUCCGUCCACUCGCUCGCCCUCGUUGCCGAUUCCUUUCACAUGCUGAAUGAUGUGUUAUCGCUGUGUGUCGGAUUAUGGGCCGUUAAAGUCGCCAACCGGGAGACGACCUCCAAUACCUAUACUUACGGUUGGCAACGAGCUGAGACUCUUGGUGCCUUGGUGAACGGUGUGUUCCUAGUCGCAUUGUGCAUGUCAAUCUUCUUGGAGGCAAUCCAGCGAUUGGUGGAACCUCAGGAGGUGCAGAACCCGAGAUUCGUGUGUAUUGUUGGCUGCUUCGGACUCGCCUCCAACAUCAUCGGCUUAGCCCUCUUCCACGACCACUCGCACGGUGGACAUGGCCACAGCCAUAGUCACGACGAAGAAGAUCACGGCCACGACCACGACCACGACCACGAUCAUCUCGAGGAUGAGGAGCAUGGCUACAGCGACCACCAGGAGCCCGCCCCGCAAGCCAUCGUCGCCUCCGAGACAGCGACUCCCAAUGCGCUGGCUCACUCUGUCACCGAGCCUGCAUCACCACAAUCCCGUCGUCGCGGCACCCAAACCCGAAGCUCGCGGAGAUUCAGCACCUCGACUGGACGCGUUUUCGUGAGCGCCGAUGAUAUUCCUGUGCUUCCCGAAAGAUUGCGCCAAGGAAUCAUUGCAGCCAGUCAGUACCAAAAUGAGCAAAAUUCGGAUUCGGAUACUGGUCGGGACGAAGAUGAGAUUCCAUCGGAGCGCUCUGGUCUUCUGCGUCACCGGGACCGUGCCGCCAACUACACCGAUGAAGAGGGCGCUGUCAUUAAGCCCUCGAACAACCACCACCAUCACCACGAUGAGGAUGUCCACAAAUCUCACAACCAUAUGAAGCCUAAGUCUAAGGAUGGAAAGAAGGGUGGUCACAGCCACGAUCUGAACAUGCGCGGUGUCUUCCUCCAUGUGAUGGGAGACGCACUGGGUAACAUCGGUGUGAUCGUCUCUGCACUGAUCAUCUGGUUGACUGACUACGAAUGGCGCUACUAUGUUGACCCGGGUAUUUCUCUGGUCAUCACGCUGAUCAUUCUUGCCUCCGCCAUCCCACUGUGCAAGGCUGCUUCCCGUAUCCUGCUCCAGGCUGUCCCUCCCGGAAUGAGUAUCGACCACAUCAAGGAGGAUAUUGAAAGACUCCCCGGUGUCAUUGGGUCCCACCACUUGCACGUGUGGCAACUCAGCGAUACUAAGAUCGUGGCCUCGAUUCACCUUCAGGUCGAUACCGAGAUCAAGGGCGAAGGUUCAGAGCGAUACAUGCGCCUGGCCAGACAGGUGCGACGCUGCCUUCAUGCCUACGGCAUCCACUCUUCAACUAUUCAGCCUGAAUUCGCACCCGAAAGCGACACAGAGGAUAAUCAUAGCCAUCCCCAUGCAUCAUCUUCCGGUGGUACCAUUGAGCACCAACCCAGCCGCGCAGCCAGCGUACGGGAAGGGGACAACCAAGCCUGUCUUCUGGAGUGUGAUGAGAACUGCGCACGUGGAGGACAGUGCUGCCCCAAGCCCACUUAA